GGCGCGAGCAACACACGUAUACUUAUUAUAUAUAUAUCGGCUGCUGCCGCUGCCGCUUCUCCGGUACAUACAUAUAUCUAUAUAUGUAUUAUACAAAUACGGAGCAGCACCGCAAAAACGGAGAUUAAAACACGCGCUCGUGUUCUAUCUCUCUCUUACUUGCUUACUUACUUAUUUAGUUAUUUAAGUAUAUAAUAAAUACAAACAAGACACGCGUGUGCGAGCGCGCGGGAGAAGAGAUAUUCCUCUUCUUUAUUAUUUUUUUUUUUUUUGUUCGUUCGCCUCGAGAAACACGGAAUUUUUGCAUGGAAACGUUUUAAUUCGAUCCAUCGAUUAUUAUUAUUUUUUUUUAAUAUAAAAAAAGCUUCGUAAAGUUACAAGUGAUUUGUUGAUAAUUCAAGCCCGAUCUUCGAGGGAGGUUGUUUUCAACGAAGCAGACAGCUAGCACGUGAGCGUAUAGCUGGACCACAGCUCUUGACCGACUUAACCAUGUCCGAGACGGCGAUGUCGCGACUGUCCCUCGAGGACGGCAACGAGCAAUCCACACACAAUGAGCUUCUCAAAUCGCUACCGGUAUCGAAGGGCGAGAGACGCGCCAACGGCAAAGAGUCCACGGGCCUGACCCACGAGUGCGGCGUGUUCGGCUGCAUCGCCGCCGGCGACUGGCCCUCCACCUCGGUCGAGGUCGGCCAGAACAUCUGCCUCGGCCUCGUCGCGCUGCAGCAUCGCGGCCAGGAGUCCGCGGGCAUCGUCACCAGCGAGGGCGUCUGCGCCAAGUCCUUCAACGUGCACAAGGGCAUGGGCAUGAUCAAUCAGAUCUUCACCGACGACAGCAUACGCAAGCUCAAGGGCAAUCUCGGCAUCGGUCACACGCGCUACUCCACCAGCGCCGCCAGCGAGGAGGUCAACUGCCAGCCGUUCGUCGUGCACACGGCCCACGGCGCUCUGGCGGUGGCCCACAACGGCGAGCUCGUCAACACCGAGUCGCUGCGCAAGAUGGUGCUGGGCAGGGGCGUGGGCCUGUCGACGCACUCGGACUCGGAGCUCAUCACCCAGGCCCUGUGUCUGAAUCCGCCCGAGGGCGAGCUCAACGGGCCCGAUUGGCCGGCGCGCAUCAAGCACCUCAUGCAGCUGGCGCCGCUCAGCUACUCGCUGGUGAUAAUGCAGCGCGAUCGCAUCUACGGGGUGCGCGACCCCUACGGCAAUCGGCCGCUCUGCAUCGGCAAGAUCGUGCCGGUGGAUCGGCUUGGCAGCGACUCGGACGACGACAACGUCGAGGCCGACGGCUGGGUCAUAAGCAGCGAGUCGGGCGGCUUUCUCAGCAUCGGGGCGCGCUACGUGCGCGAGGUCUUCCCGGGCGAGAUCGUCGAGCUGACCCGCGAGGGCAUCAAGACCAUCGACAUAGUCGAGCGGCCGGACAAGCGACCCCAGGCCUUCUGCAUCUUCGAGUACGUGUACUUCGCCCGAAGCGACAGCAUCUUCGAAGGCCAGAUGGUCUACUCGGUGCGCAUGCAGUGCGGCCGAGUGUUGGCACGCGAGACGGCGAUCGAGGCCGACAUAGUGAGCUCGGUGCCGGAGUCGGGGACCGCCGCGGCGCUGGGCUACGCCGAGGAGUCGAGGAUACCGUUCGCCGAGGUGCUCUGCAAGAAUCGCUACGUCGGCAGGACGUUCAUACAGCCGAGCACGAGGCUGAGGAAGCUGGGGGUGGCCAAGAAGUUCGGCGCCAUCUCGGGCAACGUCAAGGGCAAGAAGAUCAUACUGAUCGACGAUUCGAUCGUGCGCGGCAACACGAUCGGGCCGAUCAUCAAGCUGCUCAAGGACGCCGGAGCCAAGGAGGUACACAUAAGAAUAGCGUCGCCGCCGCUCAAGUAUCCGUGCUACAUGGGCAUCAACAUACCCACUCGGGAGGAGCUGAUCGCCAACAGACUGGACGCCGUCAAGCUCGCCAAGCACGUCGGCGCCGACAGCCUCACCUAUCUGUCGGUCGAGGGCCUGCUCGAGGCUGUGAGGCACAAGAUGGACAACAAGGACAGCAAUUACGCGGGCCACUGCACGGCCUGCCUCACCGGCGAGUAUCCCGACGAUCUGCCCGACGAGCUCAGCUGGUGAAUUUUACGCGCAGCGCUCAAACGAGCGAGAAAUAUUUAAUUAUUAUUUAUUAUUUAUUAUUAUUGCAUAUUAUAUAUGUUUUUGAUGAAGGACGAGAGAGAUCGAGUUCGUUUAAUUUAUUGAUAUAUCUUUUUUUCGAUAAUGUAUGAUGCUAAAAUUCAUUGUAUAAGAAUGAAUUCGACGACGAUGAUGAUGAUGAUGUGUGAUCAGUUUAGUAUGUAGCCGGCGCCUCGCUCAGCGGAGCCGAUUUAAGGUUGAUUUUGUACAACAUUUCUCUCUGUUGUAUAAUUUAUAUACAUGUUAUUAGUUUAAAAAAAGAAAGAAAUGAAUAUGAUUGUAAGAGUAUAAUGUAUCUGAAGCAAAAAAAAUACACUCCCCCCUUUGAAUAACUCGCGUUCAGAACACGAUAACAAUACUUAGUUAUUAAUUGCAUGAUUUAAAGUUAAUGUUUUACUAUAUGAAUUUGUAUGUUUAUAUACGAACACUUUUAUGUACAGUAAUACUAUAUUUUUUGUUAUGAAAAAAAGACAAGUUUUUUCAAGAUAUCUGAAA